GGUGAGGGCGCUUCGGUAGCUGCCCAGCCAGCCCUCGAGGCAGAUCCCUGCGAGUCAUAGCAGCUGUCGUCCUCCAGGCAUUGAUGCGCAAGAAAUUAAAUGGGUUGGAGGCGGCCAGACUUGCCCAAGUCAGUCAGUCGCCCGUCGCCUUCCCCACAGCCCAUCUAAAUACCCCAGGUCUUUCUGCAAGGCUUGCGUGCGAAUGCGCUCCCAAGACGGCCCGUCCUCGUGUCUUCAGCCCUCUGAUUUUCUCCCCUGAUUUUCUCCCCUGACCUCCGUGCCUCUGCCAUUGCCGACUUCAAAGUGCAAGCGUGGUGUUUUGCUCUCUUCAAAGUGCCGUCGCCAUCAGAUUAAUAAAUACGACGUGCUGUUGCUCCCCCGCAGCGUGGCCCAGCGUGCUGGUACGAAUAAUCAGCGACAAAAACAGUUGGGAAGUGGAAAGGGCAAGCAAAAGAGUCACAACUGGUGACUUUUUAAAAUACUUUGUCCCUUUUAUGUCCGUCUCUGCAGCUUGAGCCUAGGCUGGCUGGCUGGGGUACAACAAUACCUAAUAAUUUGGUCACCCGCUUGGCAGGCUGCGGUUGCAAAGCUGCGCAUUGUUUUUAUUUUAAUUAUCACAUGCCCCAGAAACACACCACAGACCCCACUACUGCCUCCUCCCUCGAAAAAACACCAGCAAGCCAACAACGCUCACCAGCCACCGCCUGGCGAUAUUGACCUACACUUCUGUGCUGCCACCACCGCGCUGCCACCGCCUACUGCGUUCGGUUCCAUCUCCGCUCCCCGCUACGCCUCUAAUCACCGCCAGGCUCCCGCCAAAGCCCGCCUGCGACGAGCCCCUCGAACCGCUCCCCGGCGUAGGCUGCUCGGGCCAUGACUGCUGUCGCACCCGCCCGCCGGUAGCCUCUACCCUGCCCGCUCCUGAUCUCGACGACACCGCCCCCGAAGCAGCGACGCCGACGGACAACUCGCACCCAUGCUGGCCAUCCAACAUCCCAGAAUGGGUUCGACGCAGCCGUCAGACCCCGACCUUCCGUUCGGAUACGCUCUCGAUCCGAGCCAGGAAUUCCUAUUUCUCGACGCUCCCGAGCCUGCUCCAGGAGCUCCGCUCCUCAACGAAAACGAUGCCCGCUUCCUCAACAGCUUCUUCGAGGACAUGACCUCGAACGACUUUGCCGGGACCUCGUUCGGCGAGGGCCUAAACUUCAGCGAGGACUGGCUCAGUCUGCCUCCGCAGUUCAUGGGCACCGCUACCACUUUUGGCCAGCAUCCCGGCAUCGGUCUCGGCUCCCCGAUCCAAAACCUCACCAAUGUUACUUUUGAGCCGCUGUCGAGCCCCUCGGCCUUGAUGCCGCCACCUCCUCCGCCCCAGAUCCAGUCGGCUCCCCCGCCGCCACCCCUACCGCCACAACACCAUCACCAGCACCAACACCACCAACAGCCAUCACAUCUCGAGCUCGAGCUGGAGCACACCCCCGCCGACGUGCUCGCCGCUGCAACUCUCCUCCAGAACAGCUCAAUGCAAAGACCUCACAGCCACGGAAGCACCUCUAAUAACCACAACUCAUAUGGCCGCAGCGUAUCACUCGAAGGGCCAGUCGAACACCAAAAUCAUGGCAUCGUCAGCUACAGAGAAGAGAACCGGCGAGGCUCCCAGGCCCCCGCAGUGGAGGAGCACGAUCGUGCCUAUCCGGAGAUGGUCUUCGCCGAUCGAACUGACGUGAGACAGGCGGCACCGACACCGCCCAGGCCAAACAACCCCCCAACGGUCGAGGUGCGCUGGGGCUCCGACCAGAGCUUCAAUAAGGUCGGCUUUAUUCCGAACUCGACAAAGGAAACCGGCGAGGCCCUCGAGACGGAGUGUCUCAAGUAUAUCGAGUGUUUCGAAGUCAGCCGCAGCGCCGCCAACACGCGCCCCUCGAGCCCUGUCGCAACUCGACCAGGCACGCCGUUGAAGCCCACGUCACGGCCCCUUCCUGUGCAGGUCAAGGCGGAGCCGGACACCGCGGCUCCGCCACGGAAACGACGGAAGAGCAAAGCCAAGGAGGAGUCCGAUGAUCUGGAGCAGGAGGAGGAAGAGCCACAAUACGCAACGCCCAAGCCCGCCCGGAAACGGAAAACCAAGGCAGACGUUAGCUCGGCCGAAACGCCAACAUCGGACGUUGCAGCGGGCAAGCGCCGCAAGUCCAACGCCAACGGCGCCGCUAAGCCACCGCGCGAGAACCUCACGGACGAGCAGAAGCGCGAAAAUCACAUUAGGAGCGAGCAGAAGCGACGGACAUUGAUUAAGGAGGGUUUUGACGACCUCUGCGACCUGGUGCCCGGACUCAAGGGCGGCGGCUUCAGCAAGAGCGCCAUGCUAACAAUGGCUGCCGACUGGCUCGAGGAGAUCAUGCGUGGGAAUGAGGAGCUGAGGCAGGCAUCCCGUUCGUACAGCUAGCCGACAUUUUGGGCGGUGCGCACGCCGCGCUAUAAAGCAACCGAGGAUGGGCAGAAUGCAUCCUCGUCUCGACGAUACCCCUGCUACAUGAACAGCAGCAAUAAAACGCGAACAAGGCAAGGAGCUGCACGAAGUACCAGCGAUGCACAACAGGCGUUUUUUUUUUUUUUGGCGGUACGGCCGGGGCGGAGUUUUGGCUUGGAACUUGCCGAGGGAAGCGUGCAACCAGGGCAUUGAGCGCUUCCCUUAGCUAGUGUUACGAUAUACUUUUCUUGGUAUAGCAUCAUUUGCAACGAGGCGGGAGAUGAUCACGGGGCGUCAUGCGGCGGCGGCGAGGCAGCCCCUGGAGACCACAUGCGGCCCAGGGAGCUUGGCUUGAUUUACUUGCUUCUUGUUCUUUUUGCUACAUGAUAUCGUCAUUUAUGUUGCAUUAACAGCGGUAACUCUCUUGAUGACCCAGGGAGCUGCCCCCCAGUGUAGCAUAUUGUUAAUAUUCACCGAGACUCGGGACUAUCCAAGUCUUCAUCCACCCCCAAUAGAGCGAGUACGCUCACGUCCGA